AAUCUGGACAGCCUGUGGGGAGAGGUUGUCCCUCUCCCCUACUCCCAGCCAGGGCACCAUGGGCAGCAUCUGUGUGAGGCUCCGGGCAUACAUGCAGCGCCUUCUCCCCUGCUGGUCCCACGAGGCAGACAAGUCAGUGGUGAUUGAGAAUCCAGGGGCCUGCUGUCCCCCAGAGACUCCCAGGUCACAGGAGCCCCAGAGGAGCCAUGGCCACUACUUUGUGGCUCUGUUUGACUACCAAGCCCGUACCGCAGAGGACCUGAGCUUCCGUGCUGGCGACAAACUCCAAGUUUUGGACACUUCACAUGAGGGCUGGUGGUUGGCCAGACAUUUGGAGAAGAAGGGAGCCGGCUUGGGACAGCAGCUGCAGGGCUACAUUCCUUCCAAUUACGUGGCAGAGGACCGGAGUCUCCAGGCAGAGCCGUGGUUCUUUGGAGCAAUCAAAAGAGCAGAUGCAGAAAGGCAACUACUGUAUUCGGAAAACCAGACGGGCGCCUUUCUGAUCAGAGAGAGUGAAAGCCAGAAGGGGGACUUUUCCCUCUCAGUUUUAGAUGAAAAUGUUGUAAAACACUACAGAAUCAGAAGGCUGGACGAAGGUGGCUUUUUCCUUACCAGAAGGAAAAUCUUUUCAACCUUGGAUGAAUUUGUGAGCUACUACACCACAACAAGCGAUGGCCUGUGUGUCAAGCUGGAAAAACCAUGCUUAAAGAUACAGGUCCCAACACCUUUUGAUUUGUCGUAUAAAACUGUGGACCAUUGGGAGAUAGACCGCAACUCCAUACAGCUUCUGAAGCGACUGGGAUCUGGCCAGUUUGGAGAAGUUUGGGAAGGCCUGUGGAAUAAUACUACUCCAGUGGCUGUAAAAACAUUAAAACCAGGUUCAAUGGACCCAAAUGACUUCCUGAGGGAGGCACAGAUAAUGAAGAGCCUGAGACACCCAAAGCUUAUCCAGCUCUAUGCUGUUUGCACUUUAGAAGAUCCAAUUUAUAUUAUUACAGAGUUGAUGAGAAAUGGAAGUCUACAGGAAUAUCUCCAAAAUGACGGUGGGUCAAAAAUCCAUCUGCCUCAACAGGUAGACAUGGCGGCACAGGUGGCCUCCGGAAUGGCCUAUCUGGAAUCCCAAAACUACAUCCACAGGGAUCUGGCUGCAAGAAAUGUUCUUGUUGGUGAACAUAAUAUCUACAAAGUAGCAGAUUUUGGACUUGCAAGAGUUUUUAAGGUAGAUAAUGAAGACAUCUAUGAAUCUAAACACGAAAUAAAGCUGCCAGUGAAGUGGACUGCACCUGAAGCCAUUCGUACUAAUAAAUUCAGCAUUAAGUCUGAUGUGUGGUCUUUUGGAAUCCUUCUCUAUGAAAUCAUUACUUACGGCAAAACGCCUUACAGUGGUAUGACAGGUGCUCAAGUAAUUCAGAUGUUGAGUCAAAACUACAGACUGCCAAAACCACUUAACUGUCCAAAGAACUUCUACAGCAUCAUGCUGAAGUGCUGGGAUGCAGAUCCUAAGCAGCGGCCAAAAUUUGAGACCCUGUACAGGCAACUUGAAGCCUACAUUGAAAUUGAUUCUUCAUAUUCAGAUACAAAUAUAAUUUCGUAA